GAGGGCUGGAGGGUUCCUGAGGGAGCUGGGAAAGGCGCUCAGCCUGGAGAAAAGGGGGAUCGGGGCGGGGAUUUGUGGCCGUGCACAACUCCCUGACAGGAGGGGCGCUGAGGGGAAUCGCGCUCUGCUCCGGGGAACGGGGACAGGAGGAGAGGAACGGCCUCAGGGGCUCGGCAUGGACUUCCUGACGCUCUUCCUGGUUUACCUGAGCCUUGUGCUCGCCCUCGCUGCCCUGCUCUGCCUCUGCUCGGGAAGGAGGGAGAGUUUCCUCACCAGGAGCAUCGACAGGGCAAGCCAGGCGUUGUCGCUGGUGAUCCCCACCCCGCUCCAGAGGGUGACACACAAGGCAGUGCACAGGCUCUUCCACACCAGGAGCUGUUUGUUUAUGGUCCUGCACGUAGCCCUGCAGGCUGCAGUGUUUGGGGAGUACACCUGGGAAGUGUUUGUGUACUGCUGGGAGCUGCAGUUCCACCUCCUGCUGCUGCUCCUGCCCUACCUGCUGCUGGCUGGGAACCUGGGCUGCUUCCUGCUCUGUUCCCGGGCCAAUCCUGGUACAGUGACAAAAUCCAACGCUGCAUCCCUGGUUAAGGUUUAUGCCUACGAUGGGGUGUUGUUUCAGAGAGGCCUCGUGUGUCCCACGUGCACUGUGGAAAAGCCAGCCAGGUCCAAGCACUGCAGUGUGUGCAGGACGUGUGUGCAUCGCUUUGACCACCACUGUGUGUGGGUCAACAACUGCAUCGGGGCCUCCAACGCCGGCGUGUUCCUGCUGUACCUGCUGUCCCUGACAGCCACAGCUGGGGCCCUGGCUGCUGUCACUGCUGCUUUCCUCAUCCACGUGCUGCUGCUCUCUGACAUCAUGCACGGCACCUACCUGGAUGCCCAGGGACAGGAGCACCCCGUGGAGAUUGCCUUCCUCGUGCAGCACCUUUUCUUAACUUUCCCUAGGAUUGUCUUCAUGCUGGGGUUUGUCAUCCUGCUCACACUGGUCCUGGGGGGAUAUUGCUCCUUCAGUCUGUAUUUGGCCCUCACCAACCAAACCACCAAUGAAUGGUACAAAUCCCGAAGAUUUGGGGGCUCCCCCCAUCUCCCCUCGCAGCCUCAGGACAGACCCCUCAUCUACAAAAACAUUUAUUCUAAAGGGAUCUGGAGGAAUUUAAAGGAAAUCUUUAACCCUCCUACAGUGUUGGAAAGGAAGAAGAAAACAUGAAGAUAUGAUUGUUUCUCUGGGCAUUUUAAAAUAUUUUCUAAGACUUCAGUUCAGCAGUGGGCUUGGCUGCCCCAGACAGCUUUUGGAACAAGAUUACUGCAGAAUUCACAGAUUGGUGCCUCAACAGAGCAUCAUUUGAGCUCCCUCCCUCCAUCAGACUCGGGGCCAGCUCAGUCCUGGCCCAUCUUCCCAAAGUGAAUCUUCCUCUCUGGGAAGGGUUAACACAGAGUUCCUGUGAAUUUUGAGGGAGCAGCACCUUUUUGUGAGUAUCUUUCUUUGGAAAACAGCCCAUGACUUAACAAUGACUACAACAGGUUGUGUGUAUUUAGCUGAGAAAAUGAUUUCUGGCAGGAUCUUACCUGCAGAAACCAUGUCCUACUGCAGCUUUGGAGCAUUAACCUCAGGAAGGAAAUUAAAGUGUCCCUGUUCUCCUCUCC